CAGGUGCAGCCCUGUGUUAUUUCAGCAGUCUACAGCUCGCGGUCCCGUUAGCAGCGCGCGGACCGGUGAGCAGCAGAGCGCGCUGGUCUCCAGCAGCGACAGCAGCGUCUCUGGACUCAGGACGCAGCUCACCACAGCACAGCACGGCACGGACAGGAACAGGACGACCACUACUUCAACCUGAAGACUCUUUCUGUGGAUUUGUGGACAGAUCAAAAAACACACUUCUUCUUCUGUUUGUUUAUUUAUGAGUAAGAUACUUUAAUGAUGUCUUCAUCGGUGAGCGGCACAGAGGAGGUGCGGGUGUCGUCGCUGACGCCCCUGAAGUUGGUGGGUCUGGUGUGCGUGUUUCUCGCCCUGUGUCUGGAUGUCGGGUCCGUGCUGAGCCCGGCCUGGGUCACGGCGGACGACCAGUACUACCUGUCCAUGUGGUGGUCCUGCUGGAAGCCCGUCAGCUCCGAGGACUGGUCCUGCAUCAGCACGCUGGUCACCGACUGGCAGAUCGCCACACUGGCCUUGCUGUUGGGGGGGGCGGCCCUCACCCUGCUCUCCUUCCUCGUGGCGUUGCUCUCCCUGUGCUCCGGCUCCAGGAGUCGCUGCUACAAGCCCGUGGCCGUCAUGCUGUUCUCCGCAGUGGUGCUCCAGGUGUGCAGCUUGGUCCUGUUCCCCAUCAAGUUCAUCGAGACGGUCAGUCUGCGGGUGUACCACGAGUUCAACUGGGGCUACGGCCUGGCCUGGGGAUCCACCAUCUUCUCUUUUGGGGGAGCAAUCCUCUACUGCCUCAACCCCAAGAACUAUGAAGACUACUACUAAAAACAUGUGAGACAAGAGGAGACAUUGAGACUCUGUUUCACCCGGUGUCCUCUCAUUAAUAGGAACCCUCAGUCCGUUACACAGUGCACCACCACAGAGUAGAAAAACAGGAAACACAAACGCUUAUUGUUAGUUUCAGGACUGGAAAUGAACUCUUCCAUUUGAUACUGUGAACUCUCAAAAGACUAACCUCACUCACUGGACUGAAGCCCCGUGCUCUCUCAGAAGGUUUGGCAGCAAACCCGACUGAAAAAGAAAUCCAACCCAGCCAGCUUAAUCUGAGAGAAAAUGUCAGCACUCAGAUAACUCGGUGUCCCCUUUAAGUGGAGCUCCAGUAGGUCUUAAAUUUGGGCAGAAAAUCUGGAGGGAACAGAUGGAUUUACUGACCCCAGUACCAGGAUGAAUUGGUGGAAUAAUUAACCAAUCAGAGUAGAGGGAAGGGGAGUAUUGGACCCAGGGAGGAAGACAUCCUACAGAUGUGAUAUCAUGACAAAGUGAGGAAGACAGGGCACACCUAAGGAAAUGCUACAUUUCCCCAGAGAUACACUAUAACUGGAACUUGGCAUAGCCUUCUUCCUCCUGUAAUAGAUCGGUGAAAGCACGUCAUGAAGCUCCAAUAAGAGUCUUUUCUCCUGUCCUAUUUGAGUCUAUUACAAGCAUCAGGGAUACUGAUUAUAAACAGAAGCUACCUAAGACAGUAAAAAAACAUUCCACAGUCACCUCCCAAAUGAUGACAUACUGGUGAGAGGAACAUUUACUGGUUAAUAAAUAGCACAGAGCCGGUCACAUGUAAACAGUGGUUAAACCUGCAGCAUAGCCAGAGUUAUACCGGCUUUUUUUUUUUUUUAUAAAAUGGUUGUAUUAUAUGUAAGUAUGCGCAAUAAGCAUAAUAAAGUAAUAUUCAUUACA